AUGACUUUCUGCUACCAGAACAAGUGUGAGGAUUCCUGCUACUCUCCCUGCAACUACGGGACCGUGUACAGCUACCGCACCUACGACUGUGGCUACAGCCCCUGUAGCUACCGGAGCUACGACUGUGGCUACAGCCCCUGCGGCUACCGGAGCUACGGGAGCCUGUGCGGGUACCGGGACUGCUACCCCUCCUACAGCUCCCGCUACUGCUACCCCUCCUACAGCUCCUCUUGCUACACCCGUAGAUACAACUAUGGGAGCUGCUACCCCUGCUACCCCUGCUAA